CCAUCUCCGGCUGUGAUGCGCCUACUUCAACCCUCGUAGUUGUUUUGAGUCCUGUGUUCCAUCAAGUCUUCCCAAGGCACAGCCAGCCAGAACUUCAUUUCCCAGGUGGCAGCGUGAUUUGACGGUCCAAGUGACCGGAGGGAGCCGCGGCUGGAGGGUGGCAAAAUUCUUGAAUCCUUUUUUUUUUAGCUCGUUGUUUAAGUCACAGUAAGCCACUGUCUCGUUUUUUGUCAGUGAAAAGUCCACUCAGCCGUGAUCUCCUGCCCCACCACAAGCUUUUAAACAGAUAUGAGCGGCAGCGGGCGGCCCAGGACGAGCUCGUUUGCUGACCCUCCCGGCGCCGCUUCAUCAUCCGCGGGAUCAGCCGCUGUCGUGGGGAGUAACACGGGAAAGUCCGGGGUCUCUCAGGCCUCGGGGGGAAGCUCAUCUAAUCUGAAGUUGGGGAGAGCUGGAGGUGAGGUGACGACGGUGGUCGCCACCCCUGGUCAAGGUCCAGACCGUCCCCAGGAGGUGUCCUAUACAGACAUCAAGGUGAUUGGCAAUGGCUCCUUCGGUGUGGUUUAUCAAGCACGCCUCAUUGACACCCAGGAGUUGGUGGCCAUCAAAAAAGUUCUUCAAGAUAAAAGAUUUAAGAAUCGAGAGCUUCAGAUCAUGAGGAAGCUGGACCACUGUAAUAUAGUUAGGCUACGGUACUUCUUCUACUCCAGUGGUGAGAAGAAAGAUGAGGUGUAUCUGAAUCUGGUGCUGGACUUUGUGCCAGAAACAGUAUACAGGGUGGCGCGGCAUUUCAACAAGGCCAAGACCAUCAUUCCUAUCAUUUAUGUGAAGGUCUACAUGUACCAGCUGUUCCGCAGUCUGGCCUAUAUUCAUUCCCAGGGUGUUUGUCACAGAGACAUUAAACCCCAGAACCUGCUGGUGGACCCGGAGACAGCCGUGCUCAAGCUGUGUGACUUUGGCAGUGCAAAGCAGUUGGUAAGAGGUGAGCCCAACGUCUCCUAUAUCUGCUCACGUUAUUACCGCGCCCCUGAGCUCAUCUUUGGGGCUACCGACUACACGUCCAACAUUGACAUCUGGUCGGCUGGCUGUGUGCUGGCUGAGCUGCUGUUGGGCCAGCCCAUUUUCCCCGGAGACAGCGGCGUAGACCAGCUUGUGGAAAUCAUCAAGGUGCUAGGCACUCCAACAAGGGAACAGAUUCGAGAAAUGAACCCAAACUACACAGAGUUCAAAUUCCCACAGAUCAAAGCGCAUCCUUGGACAAAGGUGUUUAAGCCACGGACCCCUCCCGAGGCAAUCGCUCUGUGCUCACGGCUUCUGGAGUACACGCCAGUGACUCGCCUCUCUCCACUUCAGGCUUGCGCUCACGCCUUUUUUGAUGAGUUGCGUCAGCCAGGCACACGCUUGCCCAGCGGGCGCGAGCUCCCCCAGCUCUUCAACUUCUCCACAGCUGAGCUGUCUAUUCAACCUCAACUAAACUCCACCCUCAUUCCACCUCAUGCCCGUGCACAGACCACGUCCUCUUCCCACGGUAAUGAUGCCAUCCGCCAUCCUGCUCCAGAUAGGCUUUAAGAGUGGCUGAGGUUAAAGCAAUGGCUCAGACGGUUCUGUACAGCCCAACUCGACACUGACCAACAGCGCCUGAAGCACUGACUCAAGCAGACACACAGUAUCUGAGCCACCUCCUCAGUACACCCUCACACGAACGUACUCCUGCACACUUACCUCAUACAUGGUUCUUCUUCCCUAUUAGCUCCGAACUUACAAAACAAACAAA